AUGUCACACCCCACAUACGAGCUGAAAGGUGCCGUGCACGAAACCCCAAAGACUGCCAAGCGUAUUGAAUUCGAUGAGUUUGGUCCUUCGUCGGUCCUGAAAUACGUAGAAGUCGAGGUUCCCCAGCCCAAAGAAGGUGAGGUUCUCGUCAAGAAUUACGCCAUCGGUGUGAACUUCAUCGACACCUACCAACGCUCGGGAUUGUACCGUGUUGCCAAACUGCCCAAGUCUGGCCUAGGGACAGAGGCUGCCGGUGUCAUUCAGGUAGUUGGGUCCGGAGUAUCCGAGUUCGAGCCGGGCUCUCGGGUCUGCUAUUAUCGGUCUUCGUUGGGUGCUUAUGCCGAGUACCACAUUGUUCCUGCCAGUGCAUUGGUUAAGAUCCCUGAUGAUAUUGACUACGAUAUUGCAGCUGCUUCCAUUUUGAAGGGUCUCACUGUUCACUAUCUUUUGCGCCAGAUUGUAAAAGUCAAGAAGGGCGACAUUGGCCUGUUCACUGCCGGUGCUGGAGGUGUUGGUCUCAUUGCCAUGCAAUGGGCCCGUCACCUGGGGGCCAAGCUUAUAGCUACUGCCAGCUCUCACCAGAAGUGUGAAUUGGCCAAAAAGUAUGGUGCUUGGCAGACUAUCAAUACUUCAGAAGAGGAUACUGCCCAGCGUGUCCUGGAGAUCACUGAGGGCAAGAAAGUUCCAGUCGUAUUCGACUCCAUUGGCAAGGAUACAUGGCAAUCUUCGUUGAAGUGUCUUUCCCGACGUGGUUUACUCAUUUCUUACGGCAAUGCCUCGGGCCCAGUCACUGACGCUAAUGUUGGCGAUCUAGCUGCCAAUGGGUCCUUAUUCUUGACCAGACCUACUUUGUGGGAUUACUCCGACGACGUGCCAGGUAUGGCUGAUGAGCUGUUCUCUUUGAUCCGGUCCGGCGCCAUCAAGAUCGAGAUCAACCAACGCUAUGACCUCAAAGAUGCUAAAGCAGCCCACGAUGGCCUGGCUAGUCGCAACACUACCGGCGCGACUGUUUUGUACCCAGAAGAGUUCUCGCCUCGACAGUUUUAG